AUGGCGCCUAAUAAAAAGAAUGGCAAGAUCAAUGCUAAGAGGCCUGUAAAGUCUACAAAAAAGGCGACUCUAUCUGAAAUGAACGCUCUGCGUAAUAAGAUUAUCAAGGCUGACCAAAUCAGUUGGAAACCAGUAGACAUCCCUGAUACAUUAGGUGACUACAGUGGAUUUUUCGGAUUGGAAGAAUUGGAAGGUGUAGAUGUCCGCAUGGUGGAUGGAAAGCCCGAAUUUAUAACGAAAGAAGACGAAGGAGAAGUCUUCAUUCCUGGAAUCACCGAUAUGGACUCAAAGAAGAGAAAGCAAAAGAAAAAGAACACACAAAAGGAGAAGAAGACAACUGAAAAGAGUUCCGAGAGCAAAAACUCUGACAAAGCUAUUGAUAAUGAUAAAUUGGCAGGGCAAGAGAAAAAGGAUGACGAGUCGGGGGCUAAGCUGGAAGAUGAAUUGGAAGAUGAAUUUACAGGUUUCGACGAUGACAAUGAAAGCGAAGAAUUAAAUGGCUCUAAUAUCUUGGAAGAUCAAGAGAAUGAUGAGUCUAUUGUCCAAAAAGAAGACGAGUCAGAGGAAAGUGAAAGUCAGCUUUCCUCGUCACUCUUCUCAGCGCUCAACAUGCCUCUUCCUGAUGACAACCAAAUCGAUUUGCCAGAAUGGUCGUCCAUUCCUCUCAGUCCAUACAUUUUGAACGGGCUUCAAACCUUGGGCUUCACUCAGCCUACGCCGAUUCAAAAACAGACGAUUCCAAUAUCCUUGGAAGGCUCUGACAUCAUUGGAAAGGCCACUACCGGUUCCGGUAAGACUUUAGCCUAUGGUCUACCGAUCUUAGAGAAGUACAUCUCCAAACUCGAAACAAUCAAGGAGACUUUCGGCAAUGUGAUACAGCCUCCAGCGGGCAUUAUUUUUGCGCCAACAAGAGAAUUGGCUCACCAGGUUUCGGAUCACUUAAAUGCCAUCGCAAAAUACUCGCCUCUUUCGCAAUACGGUAUUGUGUCCAUCACUGGUGGUCUUUCCAUCCAAAGACAGGAGAGAUUGUUGUCAUACGGCCCUGGAAUCAUUGUCGCCACACCAGGAAGAUUUCUCGAAGUGAUUGAGAAAAACGAGGAGGUUGCCAAGAGAAUGGCAGCAACUGAUAUCGUUGUUCUUGACGAGGCCGAUAGAUUGUUGCAAGACGGCCAUUUCGAUGAGUUUGAGAGAAUUUUGGAGCUCAUGGAGAAGACAAGAUCCAAGAAGGACUACGGCUGGAGAUGGCAGACUUUGGUCUUUUCGGCAACCUUCUCCAGAGAUCUUUUUGGUAAAUUGAACAAGAACUUCCACAAGAAAAAAACUGACGCUGGCCUCGCCAGCAACGAAGAGAUCGUUGAAUUGUUGGCUCAAAAGUUAAAGUUCAAGAACAAGAGACCCAUGCUUGUGGAUGCCAAUCCCAAAGAGAUCGUUUCCGGCCAGGUCACUGAGGCGCUCGUCGAGUGUGGUGCCAUGGAGAGAGACUUGUACUUGUACUAUUUUAUUCACAUGUACCCCGGUUCCACACUUGUGUUCGCCAACUCUGUCGAAUCUGUUCGUCGUCUUGUUCCUUUGCUUGAGAAUCUCCAGGUGCCUGCCUUUGCCAUUCACUCAUCUAUGAUGCAGAAGCAGAGACUUCGGUCAUUGGAGAGAUUCAAGGCGGCUUGUACAAACAAAAAGAGCGCCGUUUUGAUCGCUACUGAUGUCGCCGCCAGAGGCCUUGAUAUUCCAAACAUUGACCAUGUGGCCCACUACCACUUACCUCGCACUGCUGACGUAUAUAUUCACAGAUCCGGAAGAACAGCUCGUGCUGGAAAGGAGGGUGUUUCUGUUAUGUUCUGCUCGCCUCAAGAAGCUUCCGGUCCUCUCAAAAAGCUUAGAAAUAUGGUCGCAUCUACCGCUGGAAACACAAAACUAAGCACCAGAGCCGACGUCAAGCUUCUACCCAUCGAGUACGAUCUUGUUUCGCAGAUCAGAGAGCGGGUUCAAUUGGCCUCAAAGCUUGCCGACGCAUCUAUGUCGGGUACAGCCACCAGAAAGGAGAACUCGUGGCUCAAACAAGCUGCUGAUGACUUGGGAAUUGAGAAUCUCUCUGAUGUGGACGACUUUGAAGACGACAUCAUUAAGAAACAGAGAAAGAGAAAGGAGAAGAAGGCACUUUCUACUGACGAACAAAGAGCACUCCGCCAUAAGCUCAAGGAACAGCUUUCGAUUCCAUUGAGAAAAAAUCAUAGACGGUCUUACAUCACGAGUGGACUCGAAAACUUGGCUCACCAAAUUGUCACGGGUGAGUCGUCAACGACAGUAUUGGGUCGUAAGACGGUGAAGGCGCUUGACGAACUCAAGGAUGUGAAGAACAAGGUGAGCAAGCCAGCAUCAGCGAAAGCCCAGAAGAAUCGGGCAAACAACAAAAAGUCGAAGAAAGGAAAGAAAUAG